GAAAUACCAUUGUUUGUUGAUAGUUUGUGGAACCAGGACAAAGCUUAAAUCACCAUAACAACAAUUUGGAAGACCAGCCGCAUAAGAAGCAGGGAAUGUCCAUGGUGUCUGCUGAUAUGGGUCUUGUCAGCAUGGUACGCCAGGGAAUCCUCGCUCUUCAGCUCCUGCCCUCAAACUCCAGUGCAGGCAUCAUCAUAAUCACUGAUGGGGUGACAAGUGUUCCUGAUGUGGCUGUGUGUGAAACAUUGCUGAACCAGCUCAGAAGUGGAACCAUUGCUUGUUCCUUUGUUCAGGUUGGCGGUUCAUACUCGUAUGACUGCAGUUUUGGCUACAUCCCAAACGUAGAACUGAUGAAGUUCAUAUCUUUGGCCACCGUUGGGUCCUAUUUGCCCAGUUGCCCUGAAGUUGACCAAAACAGCCAAGAGAUGAAUGCCUACCACAGGGCCUUCCUAACCUACACUUUCCUCAAGACCCCAGAGUCCAUGAACUCUGAGUACUUCUGUGUUUCCCAGGACAAACUGUUCAAUGAGCACCUAGUGUCAGCCAGUGGUAAUCCAGCCCUGGUCAUGCGGAGGAAAAAGCACACAGAGAAAGAAGUCCAUGCACAUUUAAUAAGUGUGGUUUCAGUGCGACUGAGAGAAGGCUACACCAUCAGAGACAUCAGCCUCACCAAAGGAGGGACCCAGCUGGAAGUGAAGUUGGCUUUGCUGUGGAAACAUAACAUGCAUAUUGAGUACCUAGCAGCUGCCACUUGGCCUUUGGACUCGUCCAACAGAAGCACUAAGGUGGAGGUGACAAUGGAAGGCAGCUAUGACAUCCUGCAUGAUAUCAGCUGCACACAGCGGAAGCCCAUCACCAGUCCAUACCGCACUUCUGUCAUCCGGCGCUUCUGGAACACACUUCAGAGCAUCAACCAAACUGAUCAGAUGUUGGUGCAUCUCCAGUCAUUCAAUUCAAUCCCCGAGAACUACAGGAUUCCAGAGAGCACCAAAAACGGAGUCCCUUUAUUCUACAUCCCUCCUGGCUCUACAACUCCGGUACGGUGGAAUACACUUCCCAGGACACUCCAUCCUGCAUGUUUUUUAUGUUUCAAAAUGUGUUUACAUUGAUGGUUACAUUCACUUAAAAUGUCUGCUGAAUUUGAUGACAAGUUGCUAAGGGAGUGUAUUCUCAGGUGGGCCCCAAAAAAUAGCACAGAGAAAAUUUUACCAGUAUGUUUGAGACUGUAUUGGUCUAACAAAUGUAUUUAAUGGCAAUCCACCUGACCAACCUGUUUAUGCCAAUUUAGGAGAUUAUGAACAUAAAAUGUGUGUUUUGUAAAAUCCUAUGGUUCACUGGAUUUAAAAAAAAGGCUUGUUAAAGGAUUCCUUCCAUUAAAAAAAAACUGCUUUGAGAUGAUAAUUAGGUGGCUAUACACACAUGGACAAAGUUGUUGAUACCUCUGUUGAUGACCGAAAAAGCCACAAUGGUCAAUGAAAUAACUUGAAACUGACAAAAUUAAUAAAAAAGAACAAUGUACAGCAAAUUAACCAAUGGAAAUCAGACAUUGCUUUUGAAAUGUGUUUUAACAGAAACAUUUUAAAAAUAUACUAAUGUGGGGUGCUGUGGUGGUACAGGGGCAAAGCACAACCCUGUGCCUUAGUUCUUGUGCCUGUGCCGCAUAUCUUCCCUCUCUCUCAUUACUGUCAAACUACUUUUGGGGGAUCCGGGCCUGCCAAAUCUUGGAAAAGUCUAGAAUUCCACC